CUGCGCGCCGUGCACAGGCCGAAGGGGUACGGGAGCCCGCCGGCCUCUCUCUGCCCGUGUCUGUCCCCGAAAUUCCGGCCAGGUCUCCCCGCGAUGGCUCUCCCGACACCUGCCGACUGCGCCCUCCCCGCGGAAGCCCGAGGACUAGGACGGCGAAGGAGACUCGUUUGGACCCCGAGCCAAGGAGAGGCCCUGCGAGCCUGCUUUGAGCGGAACCCGUACCCGGGCAUCACCACCAGGGAAGAGCUGGCCCAGGCCAUCGGCAUUCCGGAGCCCAGGAUCCAGAUUUGGUUUCAGAACGAGAGAUUACGCCAGCUGAGGCAGCGCCGGCGGGAAUCUCGGCCCUGGCCCGGGAAACGCGGCCCGCAAGAAGGCAGGCGAAAGCGGACCGCCGUCACCCGGUCCCAGACCACCCUGCUCCUGCGAGCCUUCCAGCAGGAUCGCUUUCCGGGCAUCGCCACCCGGGAAGAACUGGCCAGAGAGACGGACCUCCCGGAGUCCCGGAUUCAGAUUUGGUUUCAGAACCGGAGGGCCAGGCACCCAGGCCAGGGUGGCAGGGCACCCGCACACACAGGCGGCCUGUGCAACGCGGCCCCCGGCGCGUGUCGCCCCGCUCCCUCGUCGGUCGCCUUCACCCACACCGGGGCGUGGGGAACGGGGCUUCCCGCACCCCACGUGCCCUGCGCGCCCGGGGCUCUCCCACAGGGGGCUUUCGUGAGCCAGGGAGCAGGGGCCAUCGCCCCGCUACAGCCCAGCCAGGCUGCGCAGGCAGCAGGGAUUUCCCAACCUGCCCCGGCACGCGGGGAUUGGGAUUUUGCCUACGCUGCCCUGGCUACUCCGGAAGGGGUGCUCUCCCACCCUCAGGCUCCUCGCUGGUGGCCUCCGCGCCCGAGCCAAGGCCAGGCGGACCAGGAACCGCAGCGCCACAGCCAGCCUGGCCCUUGCUUGGUGGGACAGCAUGGGCCCGCUCGAGCUCAGCCGCAGGACCAGGGUGUGCUUGGGCCUCCCACGUCCCAGGGGAGUCCGUGGUGGGGCUGGGGCCAGGGUCCCCAGGUCGCCAGGGCGCCGUGGGAACCCCAAGCCGUCCGGGGGAUAAAGCGGGGGUCGGGUGGUGGAAACGCUUGAGAGCUCUGCUCGGGCUGCUCCCGGAGCCCAGGCGGCUGCCCGCACACCUGCGCAUGCGCGGCAGACAGCCCCCGCCUGGAACCUGGGCCGGCUCUGGGAUCCACGGGAUGCUCGGUUCUCCUCGGUGUGGAGUCUCUCGCUGCCGCCGCCGCCGCCGCCAGGCCCAGACCCGGAAGGCAGGAAUGCCAGGCUGGUCAGCCCGGAGGGAAAACAGGCCUCUCCACACCGAGCCAGAUGCUCACCGCGAAAGGGAGGCCACCGCCCCGCCCCCGACCCCGUCCCAACCCCGCGUCCUAAAGCUCCUCCAGCAGAGCCCGGUAUUCCUCCUCGCUGAGGAGUAGAGGUUCCAGCAAAGCGGGCUCUCCCAAGUCCUGCAGCUCCCCCGGGGCCUCCGUUUCUAGGAAAGGUUGCGCCUGCUGCAGAAACUCUGGGGUCUCCAGGAGCUCAUCCAGCAGGCUGGAGGGGAGUGCAGACGAGCGCCCGGGCUCCUGGAGCGGCGGGGACGGCGUCCGGAUGGCUUGCAUCUGCUCCUGCCGCGCGGAGGCCUCCGGGGCGCGGGCCCCGGAGGUGGAGCUGCCCCGACUUGGGGUUCCCACGCCGCCCUGGCGACCUGGGGCCCCUGGCCCCAGCCCCACCACGGACUCCCCUGGGACG